AUGCUGCAGUCACAAGCAGGGGCCAACUUGCACAUGCCGGACAGCCGCGGCAAUUGCUGGCAGCGGGACGCGGGAGAGGAGGUGCAGGUGCCCUUGUCGGGGGUUCAAAGGCGGGAUGAAGCAUUCGUCCGGACGGCAGUCGAGAAUGGCGGAGCCGUGUCAGCAUCGGGAAGUGCAGUUCGCCAGAAAAUAAGCCCGUUGGCUAGAAGGCAUGCUGAGAAGUGGUGUGGUCUUUUAGGGGGAGAAUUCCGCUGUGCUUCUUACUCAGAAGAUUAG